CCCCUUCCCUCAUCGAACAGCCAUGUGAAUUGACUCCUAAAUCCCUCACAAACCCCGCACUCCUCCUCUCUGAUUAGCUAGCUAGUGAUCAGAUUUUAAUUAAUUAAUAGUUUUAACAAACAAAUAUUCAAUCAAUCCCUGCAUUUUAAAAAUAUACCAGGAACAAUUCUGAGCGCAGCUUAGCUUAAUUAAUACACAAACAGACACACUUUCUCUCUCUGUUCUUCUUUCUUUCCCGUCUUCUUCUUCUUCUUCUCCAUCGACUCUCUCAUCUCAAUCCCUGGGUCGUUCUUCGUCUUCUUUCCGCCCGCCAUGGAUCAUAUGCCUUCUCCUUCCUAUUCAGUACCGCUUCUUCUUCUUCGACAUCUUUGAGCUCCCGAGUAGUCUCCAGGUUUCUUCCAAUUCCUGAUUCUGCCUGCUCUCUGUUCUCCGUGGCGGGAAACUCACGCCCAUUGCUGACAUCAGUUUGAAAUCCACAACCAGCUUAUUGAGGUACCCCAAACAGUUAAAAAAGAUAGCAUGAACUCUUCAUCAACUCAGUUCGUGACUUCGGGAGGGAUGGGGAUGUAUGAUCAUAUGCACCAGCUUAGCAUGUGGGGAGAAAGUUUCAAGAGUAAUGGAAGUCCUCAUCCACUGUCAUCAAUGCUUCUACCGAAUACAUCCCCGUCAUUGAUUAUAACAGCAGAUAUGAAGCUAGACAAUCAGUCAGAAGAUACUUCCGGGACCCCUGGACCGCUUAAUAAGUACGACCAAGAAGUGACUAAAUCGAGUGAGAAGAUACAAAGGCGUCUUGCCCAAAACCGUGAGGCUGCUCGUAAAAGUCGUCUACGUAAAAAGGCAUAUGUGAAACAACUAGAAUCAAGUCGUUUGAAGUUGAUGCAGUUGGAGCAGGAGCUUGACAGAGCCAGACAACAGGCAUGUCUCAGAGGUUUAUAUGUGGCCAGUGGAGUAGAAGCUAGUCAUGUGGGGUUUAAUGGAGCAGUAAACUCAGGAAUCGCAACAUUUGAGGCGGAGUACGGACAUUGGCUAGAGGAGCAGCAGAAGCACGUCUCUGACCUUCGAGCCGCUGUAACUUCCAACAUAAGCGAUGGAGAAAUGCGCGUACUUGUAGAAGCUAGCUUGAACCACUAUUACGAACUCUUCCGCAUGAAGGGAGCUGCAGCCAAGGCCGAUGUGUUCUAUGUCAUGUCUGGCCUGUGGAAGUCUUCAGCAGAACGGUUUUUCCUCUGGAUUGGAGGCUUUCGUCCAUCAGAACUUAUUAAGAUUUUGAGGCCAAAGAUUGAGCCCUUGGCAGAACCACAACUUCAGGGUAUCUGCAACCUAGGGCAACUAUGCCAACAAGCGGAAGACGCCCUGUCGCAAGGGAUGGACAGACUUCAGCAAACGCUAGCUCAGAGUGUAGCAGAUGGUCAACUGGGAGAAGCAAGCUACUCGCCGCAGAUUGAUACUGCCAUGGAGAAGUUGGAUGGCGUAGUUCGUUUCGUUCGCCAGGCGGACCAUCUGCGGAAAGCAGCCCUUGUGCAGGUGUCACAGAUCCUGACACCGCGUCAGGCAGCUCGAGGACUGCUGGUUUUGGGAGAAUACUUUGAAAGGCUUAGGGCUCUAAGCCAAGUCUGGGCAACGAAUACUAGGGAGCCGGAGUAGGGUUCUGAUGCUUCCUCCGCAAGGCAAGACCUGGAGACGGGGAUUUUCGCUAUGUCGAUUGAUGUCUUUGUUGAUAAUGUUGUAGUUGAGAACAUGUCUCUGUGGGGGGCAUAUAUAUAUAUAUAAUCUUUCUUAGCUUCUAGCUGCUGAGAUUUUUGAAGCAGCCUCAAGAUCCCUUUAAUUGAUAAAAUUGUAAAUAUUAUUUUACCAAUUUUCAACUCCCUAGCAAGUUUGCAUAAAGAGAGAGGAUGGAAUAAAGAUCAUUUCCAAGCGUGUGCAAGCAAGGAAGAGCUUUAUUUGUUUGUACUAGUGAAAGUUUCUGUAUAUACAGAUUGUUGUUAAAGCUAGAAAAACAAUAAUUUGUACUUUGUUGCUAGAGCUAGGAUUAUAUGAGGAUCUUGUGGACAAUAUUGUUAGAUUUGGUUUUGUUUGGGUGUUUUGGGGUCUGCAAUUUGGUGCUUUCUAGUUUAUACACUUUUAAUGUUGUUAGAUGAUCUUAGUGUAUUCAAUUAAUCAUUUCAAAAUGUG